AUGCCUCGACCGCAUGCCAUCUACCCCAGCCUUCGUGACAAGAUUGUGGUUGUCACAGGUGGUGCAGAAGGGAUAGGCGCUGCCACAGUUGAACUCUUUGCUCUCCAAGGCUGCCAGGUCAUCUUCCUCGACAUCGCUGGGGAGUCGGCAGGAGAUACCAUCGACCGUGUUGUUUCCCACGCCAAAGAUUCUAGUGGAGUUGCGAUCAAGACACCCAUCUUUUACUUCUGCGACGUCUCUGACCUGGGGAAACUACAAGCCACCGCUACCGAUAUACUGAAGCAGCACGGUACAGUACAUGUUCUGGUCAACAAUGCGGCAGGCGCAGGCAACAAGUGCAGGCUCCGGACAGAACAAGUGACGCCCGAAGCAUGGGAUAUCAACAUCAACGGCAACCUCAGACACAUCUUCUUCCUGAGCCAGGCCUUCAUCCCAGCGAUGAAGAAGGCUGGAGGAGGUAGCAUUAUCAACCUGGGAUCCAUCUCCUGGAGAAUCCCCGCCACUGGAGUCUCAGUCUACGGGGCCUGCAAAGCGGCAAUCAUGGGCCUCACGCGUACACAGAGCAAGGAGUUCGGGCAGUUCAACAUCCGGAUCAACAGCGUCAUGCCUGGAGCCAUCGCGACAAAGAGACAGAAGGAAGAGGUUCUGACUCCCGAAUACAGGGCGGAAGUCAUGCGGGGACAGAGCUUGCAGAGGGAUUUGGAGCCGGAGGAGGUGGCCAAGGUGAUUGUGUUUCUUGGGAGUGAUGAGGCGAGUGCGGUGACGGGAAGUUCGUAUGUUGUCGAUGGAGGUUGGUGCAGUGACCCCUGA